AUGGACGAAGCCAUGGACUCACUGCGCGACGUGGCAGACAAGGUCGGCGAUGGGGUCGAACAGUUUGCCGAGGAACUGGAUCGCUACUUGAAGGAGCUGUCGAUGAAGCAGAGCAAAUUCGAGGCAGCGAAGGAUGUUGCGGAAGUGUUCAAGGAUAUCGCCGCGUCCGCUGCGAGUAGUCUGGAGAGGGAUCACAAGAAGCAGUUGGUAGAGCAGCUGCAGAAAGAAUGGAGCGACAAGGCAGCACUAUCAACGCAGACGAACGGUACAAGCCGACAGUUUGCUUUGCGCAGCGGUGUCGUGCAUGAAAUGAAGGCCGAGAAAGUCCAGGAGCUUCGGAAAUGGCAGCAAGAAGCGGACAUUUGGCAGUUGUUCUGGAUCAUGCUGGACUUCCACUACAACCAUGCUGCUAGGCGCAAGGAGAUCGAUGAUCAACUGGCCAACAUGCCGCCGCCGCACCGGUAUGCAGCGGAGAAGGAACUUUGGGAGCGCUUCUUGAUGGAAAGUGACACAGCAAAAGAACGUUCGCUCGUGAAGCAGUGGCUCGAACAAGCAGCAGAUCACCAGGACAGUGAUCUACACGCCAUUGUCGAGGAGCUUGAAAGGAAGUCUGGAGCUGGCAAAGGGCUAUGGAACCGGGGCUGGCUAAGCACCCGCGAGAGGAUCAAAGGAGAAAAGAGGAUUCGCUCAUGGCCCAGUCCGUCGGACUCUGUGCAGCCGCAAAUUCGGUCAACCGCUAGCAGCGAGAUGCUUAUCACGGCCUUAGACCCGGAUGCUCCCACUCGUCAGCAAUGCACAGUGGAGAAGCCGGACGCUUACUUCGAGCGUGCUAUGUGGAUUGCGUGCUGGGAGAUGCUUCGUCGUGGGAAGUCGUGGGAGGAGAUUCUGAAAUGGUGUGAAGAGCACAAUGAAGGCUGGCGAGCUUUGGUGCUAGCGCCAGCGGUGGACUCGGGCGAUGCGCUAUCUAACGCUGCUUGGCGCAAGAUGUGCUACCUCGCAUCGGAGUCCGGCUGCUCAAACGACUACGAAGCUGCAGUCUACGGUUUGCUUGGUGGCAAUCUGAAGGCGGUGAAGAAGGUAUGCCGUACAGUGCACGAUCAUCUCUUUGCGUACUACACUUGCGUGUUGGUGCGCCACUUUGACAAAUAUCUGGAGCACCACCACCCGUCACGGAUCGCGUCGCUGUCGGGAGGACGGUUUGGGACGGACGAGGAGCUUGCCGAUGCUGAGCAGGAACAGCGUACUGUUACCGCUUUAGUGUCGCAGCUUCGGGAGACUCCUUCAAAAUCAAGUGAAGCCGCUCGGGCCCCGCUCAAAAUUAUAGAGAGCUACUUACUGACGAACGAGGUGGAAUCACUCGCGACAACCGUUGGUACAGCGUUGUCGGACAUCGAUUAUCAAAGAUCAGACAAGGAAGAUGUUAUUCAUCAUAUCAGAACCCCGCCGGAAAAGGUGUUGACAGAAACUGCUGUUGCAGUUGACUAUCAAGCACUGCGUAUCGUCGCAACAAUGUACAUUGUGGUUCGCUCACUAGAAUAUGACACACCGUCUGAGGAGACAUUGCUUGCCGAGGAAAACGUUGUGAUCGCCUACGCGCAGGCCAUUCGAACGAUGCGUAAACGCCUCGACAUCUUCGUCUAUGCGUCCAGACUCGAGCAUAUAAGCGCCAUCUUGACCGUUGCAAGAAUGCUUCCAGACGUGACGCAGCCGGAUGAGCAGCGGAUGAUGAUCAAUCUCAUGCGCGAAUACAAACUGGACAUCACUGCAAUCUUGCAGGAGCAGCUGGGCUGGACCUUGGCGAGCAAGUUGAGUUCUGAGAAGCAGCUGAAGAAGCCGCUGCGGAUGCUAGAGAACUGCGAGGUCAACAAUCUUCAUCCCGGACAGCGGAUUACUGAAAGCUUUUUGGACGGCACCAUGACUGAGGAUGAUAUGGCGAUUCUGCGCUGUCUGCAAUGGUUCCAGAUGGUGCCAGGGCAUUGGCACAUGACCUUCAGCGCGCUUGCAGAAGCUCUGCGUGGCUGCUUGAUGGCCGGACGUCUUGCUUGUGCGAUGGCGAUGUGCCAGGAGAUGUCAUGCGAAAUCAUCUCCAUGCAGAAGUCACAUUCCGUCAUACAGCGCGAGGUAAACAUCAUGGACAAGAGCCAAGCGCCUGACGAUCCGGACUCGGACGAGGCGCUGGAGUGGGAAGUACUAAGACGGCAGGCCCGGACGUAUUACGAGCUGGAGCAAAUGGUGCACGCCAUUGUUUCGCUGGCGCAUUGGGCUGAAGUCGAGCGGCCUUUUACCUCUGCGCCUAGACAAGGAUCUUCGGUGCCUCAGAGCCUCAGACAGGCCAAGGCCGCGCUAGAUGAGGCCAUGCAACCACUACUCGCCGGCAUCCUCCAGCAUCCGGAGACGGAAAAAGAGCAGAAAGAGCUCGAAGAAGUGCGCGUCGCUUAUCUACCGGAGAUCAUACUCGCAUACAACUCAGCGCUCUACACGGCCGGUCCGACCAUCAGUCGAGACGCAUACAUCGAGUCUAUGGACCUUUCUGUCGCGGUUGCGGACGAGCGCAAUGGGCUCGCCGAAGCGUUUACCAAGGCGGGGAGGAUGCGAGAGUUGGUGACCUCUUUUGCGCAGGCGAGCAAGUUGAUGCUCGUCAUGAAGGCGAACGGGAGGCCGAGGAAAGCGAACAAGAUAGGCAAGGACCUGGGGAUAUGGGAGAUUGGACCGCAGGGUGCGGCCGCUGCUGAAGAUAGCAGCGAUGAGUAA